GAAAUUCUGUAAACAAUGGUCUUAUUGUGCGCUGGAGUGAGAAGCACCCUUGAACUUGAUCGUCAUCGUUUCAACAACUAAUCCCCCACAGUCCUUUCUGGUUCUUCUUUCUUUAUUGGUCGACUGCCACAGACUGCCAUCUGUUCAUAAAUUGUCUCGUCUACACACUCACUCAAUCGCCGCUCAUUUCUGUUAAAUUAUCGACGACUCCUCAUGGAUGCACACGGUACUCGAAGGGAUGACUUAGGAAACUUAAUUGGUGGAAACAAUGAUCCGACCUCUGGCAGCACAGGAUCAUCUGGUUCGGAAUCGGACCCCAACGAGAACCCUUUUGGUGUAGUUGGUAGCGCUUUCAGCAGCAUAUUCAAUGGCGGGGCAACUACCACUUCUACCUCUUCCGUCACUACUGGCCUAACAUCCAGUUCUAGUAGUACUUCCACCCCCUCCACAAGUACACCUUUGACAACAUCUACGUCGGUGUCCACACCGAACUCCACACCGAACUCCACACCUACGCCUACACCCCCAUUUAUACCCAUACCCAUACUCACACCCACAUCCGCAUCUUCCGCAUCUCUGAUUGUUCUUACUUCAACUUCUGGCACCAGCAUUGUCUACUUGACAAGUACCGCGUCCACUUCAGCGUCUGCCACUGCUGCAGCUCCUCAGUCAUUCUUGCAGAACAAGCCUCUGGAGGGCGGAGUAUUCGCCUUAGUUGGAAUCGUGAUCAUGAUCAUGAUCUUUGUUGUCAUCACGUACACCAUCCGUCGUCGUCGGCGCAGUCGCUUUGAGAACGACAUCGCCGAUAAUAUCACGUUCGACCCGGCCGUGACUGAGCACUACGGAGAUGAGGAGAAGGGAAAGAACACCUUUAACAAAAGUAGGCUUAGUGGCAGUUCCUCAGGUCAUGGCCAUGGCUUUGGAUACGGUCCCCAGCUUGCAUAUGCGCAACCGGCCGUUCCUCAGUACGGUUACUACGGCUCACAAGGAUAUGAACAGCAGGCAGCUGCUUAUCGUGUUCCUCCCACUCAAGGCCCCGUCUAUAACCUCGACAGUGCAGUUAAUACGGAUGGUGCAGCAAAUACGAGUGGUGCAGCAAAUACUGGUGGCGGCGUUGAUUCUGGUGGAGCGGCCGAUACGGUUGGUUCAGUCAGUACGGGUGGUGCCAACCUUACUCGCAAGUAUUCAAACCGAAAACCUGUUCCACCUCUCCUGCCAAAUCCCGUCUAUGAUCCAUCUCAAUCUCCGGUUCUUCCCUCGCACUAUUACAUGCAGAACCAGGAUGCUCCGGUCUCACCAAUCUCUCAAUCAAUGAACCUUUCUGCACCUCCCGGUGAUCUGAUGACUCCUGUGCCUCCUGAUGACAUGGAGGACGACCCUUACACAGGAAUGUUCGAGGUUGUCGACCACUAAAUAUACCCUAGUGAUGAUAUCCUUUUUUUUUUCCCGAUACCUUUUUCCGUGCAAGUGGCAGCUGCUUUGUUGGUUUCCCAUCCGACUAUGCUCCCUUACCUUCAGAUUGUUUUGAGCAGCGCUCGUGUUUCCGUUUUUUAUAAUUUCAAUUAAUCCAUCCUGAUGUGCUGUGCUCAUCAGAUGCUGUUUUUUUAUUCUUGUGGAGCUAUCAUGAUGUAUGCAUAGGGUGACUGGUCACCCCUUCCAGAGCGCCAUUUGUUGUCAUUGUAUCUAUACUUUUUCUUCUUGAUGUUUGCAUGAAUUAAAAAGUUUUAGAGAAUAUUGGC